AUGCCCUCUCCCAAGCUUUUAGCGCUCGCAGUGACUGUACUGCCAUUCACGGCUGCGGUGUCUUGUCCAUACAUUCAAGGGAACCAGGCUCGCGCGGAUGCUCCCAUACUGCACCCCGAAGCCAUUAUACAGGGCCGUGCUAGCCCUGACAGCCCUGAUUUUGGACAAUGCUCACGCAAAAGCAAAGUUGCCGGCGGUGGCACGCGAAGCAAAGACUUCUGGCCCUGCGAGCUAAGCUUGGCCGUUCUUCGCCAGAACGCCGACAAGGCCAACCCACUCGAUGCAGACUUUGACUACGCUACUGCGUUCGCCAAGCUUGAUGUCGCGCAACUCAAAAAAGACCUUACAAAGCUGCAAACCGAUUCCCAAAAGUUUUGGCCUGCUGAUUACGGCAACUAUGGCCCUUUCUGGAUUCGUCUCACCUGGCACAAUGCUGGUACUUACCGCAUGAUUGACGGCCGUGGAGGAGCCGGUAUGGGCCAGCAGCGCUUUGCUCCCCUCAACAGCUGGCCAGACAAUGCCAGUCUUGACAAGGCCCGACGACUGCUGUGGCCAAUCAAACAAAAGUAUGGAAGUUCUCUGUCCUGGGCUGAUCUUUUUGUGUACGCCGGCAAUGUCGCCAUGGAGAAUAUGGGUUUCCCGACCUACGGUUUCGCAUUCGGCCGCGUCGACACCUGGCAGUCUGACGAGGGAAUCUACUGGGGCAGCGAGCAUGAGUUUGUCCCCAGCAAGAAGAGCAGCGCAGACCGCUACAACGCCAGCACAGACAUCAAUGAACGAGCCGAUAAGCUAGAGAGCCCUCUUGGCGCCUCGAAUCUGGGCCUAAUUUAUGUGAAUCCCGAGGGCCCAGAUGCCAACCCCGACCCUAUCGCUUCUGCCAAAGAUAUUCGCAUGACUUUUGGACGCAUGGGAAUGAAUGACGAGGAGACUGUCGCUCUCAUUGCUGGCGGCCAUGCGUUUGGCAAGACUCAUGGUGCCGUGUCCAACGACAACAUUGGACCGGAUCCCAACGCCGCUCCUCUCGAGCAGCAGGGUCUCGGCUGGAAGAACAGCUUCCAGUCUGGUGUCGGAAAUAACAGCUUCACAAGUGGUUUGGAGGUCAUUUGGUCGCGCACCCCCACCAAAUGGGCAAAUGACUUUUUCUUCUCCCUCAUGAACAACAACUGGACUCUUGUUACUAGCCCCGGCGGCGCCAAACAGUGGGAGGCUACCAAUGCAAACGCCUCUCACCCUGAUCCUUUCAACCCACACAAGUUCCACAAGCCCACGAUGCUCACGAGCGAUCUUGCCCUCCGAUACGAUCCCAUCUACAAGAAUAUAUCACAGACAUUCCUCCACGACUUUGACUAUCUUACGGAAAAGUUUGCUCUUGCUUGGUACAAGCUUCUUCACCGUGACAUGGGCCCCUUGGCACGCUACCUAGGCCCCGAGGUUCCCAAGAAGGCUCCUCUGAUCUGGCAGGAUCCCCUUCCUGCUCCUAAUGAGCACGUCAUUGACGAUGCCGAUGUGAAGCACCUGAAGAAGCAAAUUCUUUCUGCCUCUGGGCUGAACAUCUCCAACUUGGUAACCACCGCUUGGGGGUCAGCCUCCACAUUCCGCAUCUCCGAUAAGCGUGGCGGCGCCAAUGGCGCCCGUAUCGCUCUGAAGCCUCAAAACAACUUUGCUGUCAAUAAUCCUAGCCGUCUGAAGACUGUCAUUGCCGCUCUUCAAGGAGUUAUGAAAGAGUUCAACUCGAACAACAAGGACAAGCAGGUCUCACUCGCCGAUCUUAUUGUCCUUGGUGGUACAGCUGCUGUUGAAAAAGCCGUAACCGAUGCUGGUCUUGACAUUACUGUUCCCUUUACUCCUGGCCGUGUUGAUGCGACUCAGGACCAAACUGACGAGGCUGCAUUUGCUUUACUCGAGCCCCAGGCUGACGGGUUCCGCAACUACGGCAAGGGUACGAGCCGCUCUCUCACCGAGGAGUUUCUUGUUGACAGGGCUUCUCUUUUGAAUCUGAGCCCACCCGAGCUGACUGUUCUCAUUGGUGGUCUCCGCGCCCUCGAUGCCAACUUUGAUGGUUCAAAGCAUGGCAUCUUGACGGACAGCCCUGGCAAGCUCACCAACGACUUUUUCGUACACCUGCUUGACAUUGCCAAUGUGUGGGCUCCAGUGGCAAACAGUGAUGGGGAGCUUUACCAGUCUACCGAUAUCCAUAACGGAACGGCAAAGUACACGGCAACGCGUGCGGAUCUCAUCUUUGGCUCCCACCCUGAGCUCCGCGCUGUGGCUGAGGUCUAUGCCUCCAGUGAUGCAAAGGAGAAAUUUGCAAAAGAUUUCAUCAAAGCUUGGACCAAAGUCAUGGAGCUUGACCGUUAUGACAUCAAGGGUCGUAAGCAGAACAAUGCUCAAUAA